AUCUUUGCAUUGACACUCUGUUUGCUCGAACUUUCUCCCGCUUUCUCUCUCUCUCUCUCUCUCUCAAUGUCUCUUUCUAUAUUCUCAAGAAAAUGGGCUUUCAAUCCAGCAAGAAACUUAAUCUCUGCGUUAACUUUCAUUGUCUUCCUCAUCUUCGAUUUUGUUGACACAAUUCUUUGCGUUCUGUACCAUUAUGUUGAUGGGUUUAUCGAGGGGCAAGCUUCCCCUUGUUACUGCCAGAAGAGGGAAAAACAGGAUAAGAGUAGUGGGGAUGAAUAUGAUAAAGAAUGUGAACUGUCUGAGACUUUGUAUGGAAGAAAAAACGUUUUUAGAGAAAUGGGUUUUCUUGGAUUUGGAAGAAAAUGGGAAAAUUCCCAGAAAAGUGGAGGUGGGGAAAUGGUAAAUAGGUGGUCUGACUGUCGAUGUGAAACUUGUCUUUCAUGGUUGAAUGAUGGUGAACAUAAGCUUCAUGUUUUUGUUAGAGAGCCUUCGCAAGCCACAACUAAAGAUUGGCAGGGAAAAUCAGCUGAGAACGUGAUAUUCUUACAUGGGUUUCUUUCUUCUUCCAGAUUCUGGACAGAAACAGUGUUCCCAAAUCUGUCUGACCCCAUAAAGCGUAACUACAGAUUGUUUGCCGUUGAUCUUUUGGGAUUUGGAAGAAGCCCAAAGCCGAGGGACUGUUUAUACACUUUGAAAGAUCACUUGGAAAUGAUUGAGAAAUGUGUGAUAUUUCCAUUUCAAUUGAAUUCUUUCCACUUGGUGGCACACUCAAUGGGCUGUGUCAUUGCCAUUGCCUUGGCCGAAAAGCAUUUGAAGUCCGUAAAAUCGAUUACCCUUGUAGCCCCUCCUUACUUUCCCUCAAAAGAUGGAGGAGGUUUAAAAGUACUUGAAAAACUUGCUGCAAAGCGAUUGUGGCCACCAAUAUCGUUUGGUUCAUCUGUUAUGUCAUGGUAUGAGCAUCUCGGCCGAUGUGUCUGUUUAUUUGUAUGCCGAAACCACAGGACUUGGGAGAGAAUUCUGAGACUACUUACUAGGAAAAGGGAUCUCCAUUUCAUGUUUAUGGACUUUACUAGACACACUCAUCAUUCAGCAUGGCAUUCCAUGCAUAAUGUGAUUUGUGGAGGAGUAGAGUCAAUGGAAAACUACUUGGAGUUCCUGAGUAAAGCUGGAGUGAAAAUUUGUGUUGUCCAAGGUGAUCAGGACCAGGUUAUACCAUUGGAAUGCAGCUAUAACAUCAAGGCAAAGGCUCCAAAUGCAGAGGUUAGCAUCAUUAAAAAUGCUAAUCACAGCUCUGUAAUUGUUUCCAGAGAGAAAGAGUUUACUAAGUUUUUAGAGCGUACAUGGGCAUCACUAACUCACACUGGAGCUGGCACAGAGGAAUAGACUCAACAAUAAAUUAGUGAAAAAUAAAAGUUAAAAAAAAAAAACUAAAACAAAAAAAUAAAUAAAACAAAGAGAAAACAAAACAAAUUAGUUGCCUUUUUCUUGUCUUCUUUUUCAUUUUCUUAAUUUUAAUAUUGGAGUUAUGAGAUUCAAACUUGGACUAAACCCUUCCGUUUAGACAAGUAGUUGACUUUCUAAGUUAGGAUUUAUGGAAAAAGUUUUUUUU